AUGGCCAAGAUCCAACCGUCCGUCGCAGUCAUCGGUCUUGGAGCCCAAGGUCUCGUCACGGUCAAGAAUCUCCUGGAACAGGACUUCGAUGUGACAGGGUUUGAGCGCAACGACUACAUCGGAGGGAUCUGGCACUACUCGGCUAAACACGAUCUCUCUGCCCUCUCAUCUACAGUCGUCAACAUAUCCCGAGAACGCGGGUGCUUUACAGACUUUGCAUUCCCACCUGGGACAGACUCCUAUCCAACGGCUGCUCAGGUCGACCAGUACCUCCACGACUAUGCCGAUGCGUUCAACCUCCAUCCGCAUCUCCGCCUCUCAACCAAUGUCCAGACUGUCGACCGUGACGAUGCCAACAACUGCUGGCGUUUGACCGUCUGGUUCCCCAGCGCGCAAGACCCCGAGGUACUGGAGUUCGACAAACUUAUUAUAGCCACUGGACCGAACCACAAAGCCAACAUGCCUGACUUGGCUGGUCGAGAGCUUUUCAAGGGAGAGAUCACUCAUUCAAUCGCAUACAAACAGCCCGAGCUGUUCAGAGACAAGCGAGUCCUGGUCGUGGGAGCAAGCAAUUCUGCGGCUGACACAUCGACGUCGCUAAUCGGCACUGCAAGCAAGAUAUAUUAUUCGCAUCGUAGAGGUACGGUGGUCCUGCCUCGCUACCUCAAAGAUGGAACCUCGCUAGACCAUUCACUCAAUUACCGCAAGAUGGAAAUCAAAGACACCCUCGACCGCGUGGCGCCCAGCAUGUCGGUCAAGUUCAUGGACCGUGUGGUUACUGGGAUUCAACAAAAAGAAUUUGGAUCAUUCCCGCCCGAAUGGCGUCUGAGCCCUGCUCCGUCGGUCUUGCACCAGAAUCCAACUGUCUCGGACACACUCAUUCCAGCUUUGGCUAGAGGCAAGAUCGAAUCCGUGCAUGCCCCAAAGCGAGUCCUCAACGACCACGAAAUUGAACUGGAGGACGGGACAGUCGUCAGCGUAGACACCAUCAUAUUCUGCACGGGAUAUUCCCUAGACUACUCUUUUGUAGGAAAGUACGAUCCCACGCGCUCCUUGGACUCGACGUUCGCCGCAGCCGACUCAGGUGUCAAAUUGAACGAGACGCCGCGCCUUUAUCAGAACAUAUUCUCUCUUGAGCAGCCUUCAAGCCUGGCCUUCAUCGGCGUCGCAAUAAUCGUAUUUCCUGCAUUCCUCCUAGCUGAUCUGUCGUCCAUGGCAAUCGCACAGCUGUGGUCCAACAAGCCUGACACCCCGACGCUCCCAUCGCAGACCGAGAUGGAGAAAUGGUAUUCUGAGCACUUAUCGUACAUGAGCACACUUCGCUCACUCAGCCCGCACGGCAAGAUCGUUAGAUUAAGCGUUCGCAACGGUCCCUGGCAUUCGUGGGUUCAAGGUGCUGCCGGUAUUGAAUUGGACAGCUAUCUGGGCUUCUUCAGUCUGAAAGCCUGGAACCUAUACUGGUCGGAUCCAAAAUUCUCCAAACUACUGUGUCACGGUAUCUGGUCGCCGCAUGUAUAUCGAUUGUUCGAACCAAAAAGGCCGAACGGACGGAAGAAGUGGGGUGGGGCAAAGGAAGCCAUUGAAAGGGUCAAUGCGGAUGUUCAAGCUGGGCUCGAGGAACGGCGGAAGGGUACGGCAGCACGGUAG